AAAAAGUCGGGUCGGAUGCUGCCUCAUCACCGCGGUGGACGCGGCAAGGCCGGCUCCAGAAUCCCUACGGCAACGUACAUCAAGUACGGAGGAAUCGGCAUCUUCACCUUGCUUUGCAUCAAAUUCCUGUUCUUUGUCGACCCGCUGUCUACGGAAGACUUGCUGUCCUUUGAAACCAAAACGAUGUACCAGUUCACCACCAAGUAUGGGAAUUUCACGGUCGAGCUCUUCCCAAAGCAUGCCCCCUUGACGGUGGAGCACUUUGAACAGUUGAUUGCGUCUGGAUUCUACAAAGAGAACACCGGCUUCUACCGCGCGGAGCCUGGAUUCGUCGUCCAAGGCGGCGGCUUCGUGCACGACAAGCUGUCGCCUCUAGGAAACAUCCCUGUUGAGUACAGUCUUCCCAGCGAAGAGCGCAUGGUGGUGUUGGCUCGCAACAAGGACGCGAUGUCCGGAAACACGGAGUUCUCAAUCAUGUUAACGGACAACUCUGCGAUUAAUUCGCCUCAGGGAACAUCCCCUGGCUUCACCGCGUUUGGUCGCAUCUACUCUGGGUAUCCCUCUGUCGUCGCGAUGGCCAACGACAUGGCGCCAGGUUACUUGGCGAAGAGGAACAAGGAUCAAGUAGUCCCGUUCACGUCCAUUGAGAAAGUGUCCAAGUUGGCCCCGACGACGACGGAACUGCGCGCCAUCUCAGAUGCGAUUUACGACGCAAUGGCCACGCCAUUCAGCGUCGUCAUGUUUAGCAAAACGACGUGCCCAUAUUGCAAACAAGCUAAACUCACGCUCAAGGAUAUUGGUGCCGAAGUCCACGUGGUCGAGCUGGAUCUGCUCCCACCAGCGGUGGCGUCGCAGUACCAAGACGUACUUCAUGCUUACACGGGACGUCGAACGGUUCCAAACAUCCUGAUCCAUAGCAAGUCGAUCGGAGGCGGCGACGACAUUGAGGACCUCAACAAUGCCGGGAAGCUCGUGCCGCUCGUCCAAGCAUCGGGGGCGCUGGCCAAGCAAGGCGUGAUCUUGGAGUCGCUUCGCAAGCACCCCUUGGUCGUGUUCACCAAGUCGUAUGACCCGUACUCGCAAGAAGUUCAGGAAGUGCUCAAGCUGGUUGGCGCCGUCCCCCACGCCAUUGAAAUCGACACACAUCCCAAUGGCGACGCAAUCCUGCACUACCUGAUCAAGAUGACGGGGCGAAAAACAACGCCCAACGUGUUUGUGGGUGGAAAGACCAUCGGCGGCUGCGACGACACCAAGCAGCUCCACGCAACGGGGGAGCUCACGUUGCUGCUGCAGCAGGCUGGGGCGCUCAAGUAAAUGGAACUCUCGACAUUCGGAUACGAUAACGUGGAAGAGAGUUGCGUCUUGCAGCACUGGCUCAAACAUGCGGUGCCAACGUUUGCAUGAGCGGACAACUAUGCAACACCAGUGGUCGUUGUCAUGGCACACCCCUCCAUCCUUACUCUCUCCACUGGCACGACCGUUCAUGUGCAGCUCUAAGAUCGCAAUGGACGACACGAUCGCAGCGCCACGACGACUCCAGACCCCGUCUAGCCACGCCGUCUGCGCCAUGGUUGGUGGCGUCCCCGCUCUCGUGGCAGACCUGCCGCCACGCACGAACAACGACGCUGCUGACAGUGAGUGAAACGGCACUUUGAGACAGGGUAAGAAUUGAUUCGGAACGAGGUAAACUGGUUUUUUUCUUUUUUGAACAGCGACUACGCAGUAAAACUCGUCCAUG